GGCCAAAUUGAAUGUGAUAGUGAAACUGUGUUUGAAUUGGCAGCCCAUGUCUUGCAGGCCACUGUAGGAGAUUAUGUAGAUGAUAAUACAACAAAAGGGGAUUUAAAGAAGCUUCCUUUGAUAACAACAAGUGCCCUAAAGGAACAUCCAUCUAUACAGUACUGUGAAGACAGAGUGAUAGACUAUUACAAGAAAAUAUCUGGGACUACCAAAGGAUCUGCCAUUGUAAAUUACAUGACAAUAAUCGAGAGCUUACCAACAUACGGCAUUCAUUAUUUUGAAGUGAAGGAUAAAAAAGACAUUCCAUGGUGGUUAGGUAUAAGUAACAAGGGUAUUGGUGUAUACGAUAAACAGGAUAAAAAUGUGCCUCGAAGGGUGUUUGUGUGGAAAUCCCUAGAAAAUCUGUACUACAGGGAUAAGAAGUUUUCAAUAGAAGUUCAUGACCCAAAACGUAUAGUUCACACGUUGAGCAGUUUCAACCUGUACGAGGACGCCAUUCGAGAGCGAGUCGAGGAAUGUGACGAUCUCUCCGACGCAAUAACUGACCCGUCAACUCAGGUAUCAGUUAGCAGACGGACAUUUGGCCCGGGCAAUGUGAAUGUUCACGCCUGGUUUGGUCUGACACCACAAGUGACAAAAUGUAUCUGGUCAAUGGCUGUGGCUCAACACCAGUUCUACCAUGAGCGGAAAGCAAGCAAAACCAGUCUACCAUCGGCAAGAAGUGUGAGCGAACUAGCCACCGAACUAUCCCGCAGCACGUCAUCACUACCAGGGUCGCUGGGCUCGGACAUCAGUCGUAGUGGGAGCUCAGCCAGUCUGCCCAGUCUUACAGCUUCAAGAUUUGAUCUGAACUUUGACCCUGCUGACACAGCAAAGGUUCAGCGCGAGAUGUACUCAGCGUUGAAGGCUAGACGGGAGGCUCUAGAAGAUAUCCUCCGUAAGAAAACCGAAGAAUUGAAGAAUCUCUGUAUAAAAGAAGGGGAAUUGACAGGUCGGUUGCCAAGUGAGACACCAUUAGUUGCUGGUGAAGAACCCCCUCAGAUCAGGCGCCGUGUGGGCACUGCCUUCUCUUUAGAUACCAACAUGGUCACUGCAGAUAAUGAGGAUGCAGAUAUGACCAGUAAGCUGGAGUUAGAGCUAGAACUUCAGAAACAGAUCACAAGUGCCGCCCAUAAGCUCGCGUCUGAUAAAUCUGUCAGUAGGUUCGUGCGUAAACAGAGACGACAUUCCUUCAUCAAGGCUCAGGGCAAGUUAAAAGAGAUGGAGAAGAAGCUGAGCGAGUAUCGUAAAGGAAGUGUUCCGGCAUCGCCAGCCUUGUCCGGAAAAUUAGAUGGUACGUACUGUGCCGAAUACGGCGGCACAGAUAACCCCGCCCUCUGUGAUGAUUCCAUUUCUUAUAGACCCUCUAAAUCUAGGCAUUAUUCAUCUGUUGCUCAUAGGUUAUCGCGUUCAUUUAGGGAAAGGAAUCUUCUUAAGUAUUAUAAGUUUAUUGACUCCGGUAUUAGUGUUAAAAGUGAUAGAAACUCUUCAGUGUUGAACGAUUCGUUAUCUUUCCUUGACGAGUCCAAGAGCAUCGGUUCUGAAUCUAGACUGGAAGAUUCUCGAUCAGCAGACACAAGUUUAGACACGACAGAGAGUUCAGAAGAAUCGUACAAGAUCUCCAACGACUCACUCUACCCGUCAUCAACAUUAGAUCGGUCAUUCCUCACACCGCCAUCUGUACCGAAAAGAAGGGAGGUAUCUUGUAUGUCACCCAACACUAGAAGAAGUAAGAGGGCGUCUUGGCAUCAUACUAUGUUUCAGAAACUUUCCCCUCAGGUUGUGAGAGCCAAUAAGGAGACCGCAGUGUAUUGGACCAAAAUGCUCAAAAAGUGGAAAAGUUUGAAGAGUUUAGAUAUGACAGAUAGUGAUUCAGAUGUUGUCUCCCCUGCUCAGUCACCAUUAGUUCCUAGAGGGCCUCGUAGUAAUUACAAACAGCACGAAGGUCGACUAGAUUCUCCACUACAGAGAUCUAAUACAGCUCCGAAAAACUUCCCCAUUGAGCGGGAAAUAGCGUCAAUGACUCUCCCACCCACGCACAGCAGCCCGACAUUGGAUGAUAUGUACAAACCAAAUUCUGUGUACUCUACCCAGUAUCGUAACCAGACAUACCCAACUCUUGCUGGUCGUAGCCAACCACAGACAGGCUCACAUAGUGACUAUGACAAUAAGUCUGGAAGUCAAGGUCGUCUUGAUAGUGUUAACCUUGACAGUAAAUCUGGUGGGGGUCAGAGUCAUCUGGAAGCAGGUCAUGGUCGUUUAGAAGGUAGCCAGGAUAGUGGUUUUAGCUCAACAAAUAAUAUGUAUAAUGUGAAUUCUCGCCGGACAUCUAGGUACGAAAGUAACCAGGAUUUAAAUACGCCUAGUGAAUCUCAUUACGAGACCUUAGAUAAUGUGUUUGAUAAUAGAAUACCAUUGCAGUCUAAACCAGUGGAAAACACAUAUAAUCAGUCUCAGAAAAGUUACGGAAGUUUAGAACGGAACUUAAAAAAGCGCCAGAAUCAUUCAUAUGAACGUAAGCUAAGUGAUACUGAUGCUAGUAGUGAAAUUUCAAAUAAUACACCAUCGAGGUUCGGGAAACGAACAUCUAGAUCUGAAUAUGAUCUUUCUUCAAAAGGGAAAGAACAGCCAGUUGUAACCAAGGAGACAGAUUUUCCACUGUCUAGUCGUUCAAGAAAUUACAUGGUGAAUUCAUCGACUCAAAAUUAUCCAAGCAGAAGUGAUAGGUAUAAUACAGAGAGGCACGAUUCUAUGUCAAGUCAUCGAAUGAUUGAAGUUCCAAUUCAUCAUGAGACUGGGCCUUCCAAUAAUCACAAAUCAGAGAGAAAUUUAGAACUAUACACACAGUCUCGAACUGGGUGGCAGGAAUCUGCCUUAACCCGAACCUUCUCCAAUUAUUCAAAGUCCGACUAAAGAACAUUUAGUAGUGAAUCCUAUAUAGGAAGUGGUGGCGGUGAUUCGCCACAAGGCCAGUGUUAUAGUCCUAGGGGAUAUGAAGGGGCAAGAGCCCAUACUCACUCAAAACCUCCUCAUCCUGAACAUAAAGUUAGUGUUAACAUAAUAGACUCGCCUCAUGGUAUCCCACAGGCAACCUCAAGUAAAAUUGUGACGGUUAAAAUGUCACCUCAUGUUGAGGUAUCAAAACCAUUUGAAAUGAAAGACUUUUAUAAGUAUAGUGAAAAAUUACGCAGACAAAGGUUAGUAGAACAAUAUCAUAAUGCUCUUGUUGGGUCGAGAGCAAGUAGUCCGUCACAACACUCGUCGGAAAGUGAUACACAUCAUUCCUCUUCAUAUCAUCAUCCACAGGGUCAUCAGUUUGGACAAUCAACGUCAAGUCAGGUGCAUCCAGCAUAUAGGGGAACUAGCACCAGCUCUACAUCCCCAUAUGGUUCCCCCAUUUCAUCGCGUCACAUGACCAGUAACCAUCCUUACACGUCACAGUCCAGUAAUUCACAAGAUCAUACGGGUUACGGAAAUUCUAGAAAUAAUUCAGUUUCAUCUACGUCAACAACAACUUACGGUGUAAGCACAUCUACGUCACGUGUUCAAUAUACUGUACAAACACAAGGUGGCCGUGUUUUGUAUAAAGCACAACACCAGUCUAGUAAGCAAACACAUUACCAACCCCCAACAUCAAUGAAAUGUGAACCAGUCCGGACAUCGCGAGAUAUACGGAAAGGAAGUCAGGAAGCCCCGGCUACACCAAGCUCCAGGAACACCCAACGUAGUGUUCAUCACCAGCGGCAAUAUUCUACCCCAGAAAGAAACGUGGCAUCACCAUUAAACAUGAGCAACUUUCACUUGUCACCGGCAGGCAGUUUAUCUAAAGCUUUUAGUAAUGAGAUGUUAGAAUGGUUCGAUGGAGAAGGGAACCAUGCUCCUACAUCUGUGUGACAGGUAAUGGUUUUAGAAAGAACGUGUAUGACAUAGAAGUGACAGUAUGUCAAAUGUUGCUAGUCCAAUCAAUAAACAGAAAUUCGGAACCGGUCACUACAUCGUCCUGACGGAGAAAUUCAACACAAGAUUAAUACCUGCAGAAUUUUUACAUGCAUUUUAUAAAAACUGUUAUUUUAUGAUGCUUUUUGAAGGCCUGACGAAAUAUGACCCGAUCGAGAAAUAAAAACGAUUUUAGAUUUUAAUCCAGUGAUCCAUGGUUUUAUAAUAGCAACAUUUUUAUUAAUGUUACAAAAUUGAACGCACUGAAUACAAUAAUGUUACAUGUACUUUGAUCAGAAAGGUGUUUCAGAGUUAAUAUAAACUAUGUUGCUCUAUUUUCUUUAAAUUAUUUAUUACAGAUUGUAUUCAGCAAUGCUUCCUUUGAUGACAAAGAUGUUUCAAAGACAUAAAUUAUUGUAUAUGUACUAUGUUUCCUUAACUUAUUACUUACUGAACCAUUUUUUCUCACUUUUAUACAUGUUCUCUGGUGUGUUUUUUUUAUAGACUUUGAGGAUAAAUGACCUUGAAAUAAUUUUUGAGCAUUAAUGACAUUUAUUUUUUUAAAAAGAUAAUAAAUAUUUUUAAUAUUUUAUUAUAGUUGUAAUUCUGAAGUUCAAAGAAGAAUUUAUUUAACCAAAUAUGUUUUAUCAGCUCAUUUUAAUAUUUUACUUAAAGCCUUAUUAAAAUAUUGUAAUAAAUGUUUAAAGUGGAUUGGUCUACAAUGGGUACAUUUUCUAGAACUAUUUCAAAUAUUGAUUAAAGCAAUGAAAAUGCAUCCUUUGGAUAUUCUUAUGAACUAAAUUGUUGAUAAAGUUCUAAGUUAUUCAGUAUGAACAUUAUAAAACUUUACAUGAUGAAUAAUAUAUAUUUUGGACAUUCUAUUAUCUGCUAGAUAAAUAUACAUGGUGUAAUACCAGAACAUGUAUCUCUCACUCUUGCCAACAACGUACAUACAUAUAUAUAAUUUUACAUACAUGUAUAUAAUGUUAUGGUUUGUUGUUAUGCCUGGUACUAAAUAGUACAAUGUCACUAUUUUUAGUACUACACACCUUCCAUUAUAGGCCAAUUCACUUUAAAUUCAUGUAAACAUUGCUUAAUAUAUGAGCCGCGUCAGAGAAAACCAACAUUGUGCGUUUGCGACCAGCAUGGAUCCAGACUAUGUUGGUUUUGUCGUGACGCGGCUCAUAUAUAAAUAUUUUUCAUUUCUCAAUGCUCCUUUUAUUUCUAUUUCAACUUCAAGCCAGUCUGCUUAGCAAUAUAUUUUUGAUGACUCAAAAUAAAUGCUCAAACAUUUUCAUAACUAUUACUGAAAAAUAUGUAAAGGCUAUACAAUGUAUCCAACUAUUUUUAAAUUUGUCAAAUGAUAUUUCACAGUGUGCAAUUGAUUUUAUGAAAUGCUGUAUUUCAUUGUUCAAAUUAAGCUUAUUAAACAAUAAUUAUAUUCAAAAUAAAUUAAAUAAAAAAAAUAUGAAAAUAA